AUGAUGCUUAAUCCUCAAGUACCGACCUCUUCAGCAAAUGUCAAUGCUGCGCAAGCUGCUAAUCAAAUGCUACAGCAAGCAGGGCUGACUAUCAGUGCAUCCGGCCAAAUAAUGCAGUCGAAGAAGUGGAGACGAGAUGAGCGGCGUCAACGCGAGUUGGAGCAGCGGCUGGCCCUAGCUUUAACCACUUCGCAUCUGACUUCUGACGCUUUGGCGAAUCCACUCUGGAAAGAGCUUUUAGAAGCUGCACAGCCCAAGUUCACGUUCAAUGAAGAUCCACAAUAUUUUGAACAGGUCAGUUUGAUAAUGUCUGGCCAAGACCGCUGUUUAUCACUACAUUUUUUCUCAAAACCCGUUGCCCCAUCACUCCUUGAACUAAGGCAUAAUUGCUUCCUAAGCUUAAUUCAAUUUUGAAA